AUGACAAGACUCUCUUCCGAGGCCGCGGAUUAUGCUCCUCUGGCCUUGUCGAACGCGACCACCUCCGACCAUGACGAGCCGCCGGAUGAAUGGCAAAUCCCACGCUCCAAGGCAGCCAAUGUUUGGGCACGUAUUGGAACGCUCAACCUCCUGGUUCUGGCGUUGGGAUCAAUCUUUCUAGCUGCCCCGCUGGUGCUUCUGGGGCUAGUAUGGAGAGAGUCAGUGGUCGCCAUAUCCGGGGGCCACCCUAAUAUGCUUUGGACGCGAGUUGUUCAUGCUGAAUGGACUGCCCGAUUCGUGACAGCCUGUACCGCAGUGAUUAGGAUAAUCAUUGCUUUUCAGGCUGGUGUGUUUACUGCAAUGGUUGCUAGUAUCAUGCUCGAAACAAUCGGCACGCCAUUAUCCUAUGCACCAUUCUACUCAAUCAUCAGAGCUGUCAGCGUUAGCCCGAACACUUUACUAUUCACAGCAAGUCUCCGACCUAAGGGCGUCCUAUCUCUUUUGAUCGCUCUACUUGUCGUGGUCGAGGCUGCAGUGAUUGUGGCGUCUCAAUUCUUGUCUACGAUUCUGAUCUCCGACUUCAUGAACAGCCGUUUCACCGACGCAGAUAACUUUACCCAGGUUGGUGGCGCGAUAGACUACUAUGGAAGAGUAUCAUUCUGGUGGAAGAUGCCUCCUACGUCAAGCUGGACGUUUGCCGAGAUGUCAGAGCCAUUUUCGGACGGCCCCAACUACCACGAUACAGGCCACACAUAUCGAGCAUUCCUGCCCUUCGACGACGAGGCACCACGAAAGGAUUUGCGCAGAUUCCGUGGACCAGCGCAAGUAAUCGAUUACCGCGUAUUCUGUGUGCAGCCCUUCCUGCAUGACAUGACACUCAACCCCCUUGGCGCGGAUGGUUUAUCCGGCCAGGUAGCGAUAGAUGCACCUUACCAUCAGCUGCCAGGCUUGCCGACAAACCAAUUUGUCAAUUUUACCUGCAAGCUGCCCUCGCCGUAUAUCCGGGAGAGAAUGUGGGGUGAGGGUAGCUUAUGCUUUCCUCAACUUCCGGAGAAUUGGACUGUGCAGCUGGCAGAACCCUUGGUCGAGACUAUCGAGAAUCGCUGGCCUUCGUUCGCGAACAUGUUCCUUGUUCUUGACAGCCUCGACCACGGUGCUCGAAUAUCGAAUUAUCAAGGGCUGGCCAUCCCGGGGCCACACGUCGAGGUUGCGCGCAAGGACGGUCCUUGGGCUAUAGUGAAUAACGGUUCUGAUGUCGAGGCACUGCGGGUAUCUGCCUGCUUUACUGACUUCCAUGCGGCAGAAUUCAUAGUCGAGAUGAACAGCUCUUGGGAGGGCUUGGAGCCCAAAUUAACUUGGGAUCUUGAGGCCGACGGGCAUAACACCGAACCAAGCCGGCGCCAGCUUGGAGUGUCCAGGUCACCGCAGAGCCUGCGUGAACGGGGAGUGCUAGCACUGAUAAUGCACUCUCAGCGGAACGAUAGUGAUUUGGAUACCCAGGACCAGGGUGAGGACCAGGGCCUAGUGACUCCUCAGCAGUCUGUGCCCGGCUUUCUAAGCGGACUGCCACCUGAGAACAAAUACGAUGAAGCCAAUUUCGACACUGGAUUGUUGCUGUCAAAAGGGGAUGUUUCGGAUGUCCUCAGAGCCGACGUGAGCCACGUGGAUUUAUUCCAGGAUGCCUUGCAUGAUACCGACAGUCCGGCACUCGCGUCGCAAGGCCUCCUCACUCGGGCUGCUCAAAUGGCAUACUACAAAGACCUUGUACGGGAUAAUACCACUGAAUCAGCCAGGACCGCGUUCUCUACCAUUGCCUCGAUCCCCAUGCAAUGGACAGGGUUCAUUGUUGCAGUUUCGCUGGUUGCAGCGCACGUUACCAUUCUCUUGAUCAUAUUGGUUAUAUUCAUUUUUUCCACGCACCACUCACUUCUCGGGCAUUACUGGCAGGCUAUCGCGCAGGUUGUCUCCGAGGACACUAUCCGAGUGCUGGAGCAAGCCGACGCAAUGAAAGACGAUGAGGUCGCACAGUGGGGGGAGCACAAAAUACCGCAGUUGGCUCAAACCAGUCUUGUCCGGCGACAAUCCAGCGGGCGAGUUGCCGUUGGAGUAGGAGAGGAGAGUGAAAUAUAA